CGUGAGCCGCGCGCGUGCCGAGAGGAGGUGCUCGGAGGCUCCGCCGGGAGGACUAUGUUGCGGCCGAACAUUCUGCUCACCGGUACGCCAGGGGUUGGGAAAACUACGCUAGGCAAAGAACUUGCCUCGAGGUCAGGACUGAAAUACGUUAAUGUGGGUGACUUAGCUCGAGAAGGGGAGCUAUAUGAUGGCUUUGAUGAAGAGUAUAAUUGUCCCAUUUUAGAUGAAGACAGAGUGAUAGACGAGCUGGAUCACCAGAUGAGAGAAGGGGGGGUUAUCGUCGAUUACCACGGCUGUGAUUUUUUCCCCGAACGUUGGUUUCACAUAGUUUUUGUGCUAAGAGCAGAUACCAGUGUGCUGUACAAAAGACUGGAAACAAGGGGUUAUAGUGAGAAGAAACUAAACGACAACAUUCAGUGUGAGAUUUUCCAGGUUCUUUACGAAGAGGCCAUGGAGUCAUACAAGGAGGAGAUCGUGCAUCAGUUGCCCAGCAACAAACCGGAAGAGCUGGAGGAAAACCUGUGUCAGAUCCUGCAGUGGAUCGAGCAGUGGGUCAAGGACCACAACCCCUGACUCACCGGGCGGGCCUCUUCUCACUGCUGUCUGCCCACGCCGCAGCAGCAGCUGUGUGGUGUGAAGGUUUCUCCCUCCAUUUCUUUUUCUCCAUGAGAAAACUUUGCAACCUUAAGUGUCAUGAAUAUAAUAUUAAGGAUUGAGAAUGAAGAUUAUUAAAUGUUCAGAUUGUCCGGUAAUAAGCAAGUACGAAUCAGUGAUUGGGCAAUGGAAGCCUGUAACAAGAAAUUGCAGAUAAUCUCUUAAUAAAAUCAAAGAUAAAAUAUCAGA